CAUUUGCUUAUUUAUUUUCAGUUUGCUAUGCUCAUCAGAGUCCACAAUUUGACGCACUAUUUUGAACGGCCAGGAAUCACUGUGUUUGUCCCAGUGUCAUCCGUCUACGAAAGAUUUCUUGACGAUGCCUAUAAAUAUGGAUACAACACAUCGGACCCGACGACCAUGAAGAACAUGUUACUUUAUCAUAUAGGUGACGGCAUGACAAGUGCAUCAGAAAUGGAAAAAUUUGAAUCAACACGUACGUUACAUCCUGACCAUAGACGAGUUUUCUUCAACAAUUUUAACUACGGUGACACAAAGGUAUUCACUGUCAAUGGAGCAUGGGUUAUUGGGUCUGACAUCCUAGCAAGUAAUGGAGUGGUUCAUGUAAUAGACAGAUUCCUUAUUCCCAUUCAGUCGAACAAAACAGUGGCGGAAUACCUAGAACGACCUGAUCUUCCACGCUAUGCUUUCCAGUCUAUCAAAAACGCUUCUAUCAUUGACCCAGCUUUAAAAAUGGCAACGAAUUCCACGUCAAGUUCUUUUACAGUAUUUGCACCUAAUGACUCAUUCAUCACUGUUAUGCCGUCCUAUGGUCAAGAUAUACUCUUCAAUGACACAAAUCUUCUUAAAACUGUAUUUUGGGCUCACGUGAUCCAGAAUGGUUUACUGUAUAUACCAAGAAUUGGGGAGAUACCCAACACCGCAGCAAUGGCGGGAAUUUUAAAGUUUGACAGAAUUGGAACGGAAAUUUAUGUAACGAGUAAUAAAGUUCGUGCUCGCAUUAUACAAUCCAACAUUCCAGUGAAGAAUGGCGUCAUUCACGUCAUUGACGACCUCUUGUUUUACGUAUACAGAAAUAUGAAACAGAAAAUGGACGUUCUUGAAAAUGUCAAUUUUGUUAAAGCAAACUUAUACAAUGUAGAAAAUGAGAUCAGGGAAAGGUUUAUAAACGCCAGCAAAAAUAUGACAUUCUUUCUACCUACUGACGACGCUUUAGCCAAACUUCCAGAGGACAGGCAGUCCCAACUUGAUACAAAUAUUACAAAAUUAUCAAAAUUUUUCCGGGACCACCUGGUGGUAUACACCCAGAGAGACCUUGACACAUUCCAGGACGGAGAGACGUUCACCACAGCUGACGGAGAGUUACUGACAAUGAGAAAAGUUCAUAAUAAUGUAUAUGUAGAAGGUGGUGGUGUGAGGGCGAAGCUAACCAUUCCAAAUCUAGGUUGUACAAAUGGUGUAAUACAUCUUGUAAACAGUGUCCUGUUUCAACGAGACUUUACAAUAUGGGAAGCUAUACUAGGCAACUCACAAUUAAGUCAAAUGCGUGAUAUUGUAAACAGAAAUGCGGAUCUUUUGCGCACGUUACAUUCUACGUCAAAUGGACCAAUGACAGCGUUCCUAAUUAGUGACGCGGCUGUGAGUCAUCUUAAUCAUGACGCUCAGAUGUAUCUGAAGACAAACACAGCACUUUUGUUACAGGCUAUUCGCGGUUCAAUAGCCAACGGGGUAAUCUUAAGUUCAACUCAAAUAUCUGACGAGCAAGAUGUACCGACGCUGUCAGGUCGAACUAUCACUUUAUACAACACAAAUCAAGGAUUGUACGUUAUUGGGAGUAAAAUUCGAGCCAACGUUGUGAUAGAGGAUAUUUGGUGUUCUAAUGGGAUACUUCAUAUAGUUGAUAACAUUGUUCAUCUGCCUACCAGAAAUAUCAUUGAUGAAAUGAGCGUCCAUCCUACACUAAGUGUUGUUUCUGGACUUAUGGGCGCUUUCCCAAAAUUACAAAGUGAAUUGAAAGAUGUAUCUACGCAUUAUACUAUGUUUGUCCCAAGUGACGACGCAUUUACAUAUAUGCCCACGCAUAGAGCGAAAAUACUGAGCGAAACUCAAGGCCUUUUGCAAUCGGUUUGUACUAUUACUAGUCAAUAAAGCAAGCGGUUGUUA